AAUGUCAAUGUCAUAAAAAUAAUUUAAUGAAAAUAGCUAAAUUCCAAUUUCCAAUGAAAAUUUUAAUGGAAACCUAAAAUAUAAAUUAUUAUCGUUAAAGAAAGAUACAGAUUGCUGGUGUUUAUUAUGUGUAGUGAAUAAUGAGUGCCCUCAGGAGAACGGUAUUGCGAAGUUUCAAAAAUUUACACAGAGCACGAUUGUGUGUAUUUGACGGCGAUCAGAGAGCUUUAGUUGCAGCGAGGCUUAAGAUAAAUGAAGAGUUCAACAAGAAUAAACAUGUAAAAGAUGAGGAUUCAAUAAAAGCAAUGGUCCAGUUUGCUGAAGAUGUUGAAAGAGAGUUAAGAACUCAAGUUAUCCAAGCAAGAGAAGUGAAACCUGGUGUAUUUGAAGCUAAGAUAACAAAGGAUACCCUUAAGCUAGAAAAUAUACCCUACAAUGCUGCUGCAGUUCUAGAUGAUAUGCCACCUGGACAAAAACCAUGUUGCCAAGAUCAAGCAAAGAAUACAUAAUGGCUAGAUGUUUGUUACAUAAAUUUUUAUGAGAUUUUGUUUGUUGUAGAUAGAUAUAUUUAGUUAUAGUGGUUUAAGUUUGAAAUUAAAAUAUUUAUAAUAUAAAUAGUUAUAA